AUGGACGUCAGAUCACAUUUAUCGUCAGAACUGACUAGAAUAAUUGAAUGUCCAUACCCAGCCUCUUUGUCUAAAUUGGAGGAUCUUCUUACCCGUGCCGAUGAAGUCACUAUACGGUCCUGCAUCCAUGAUCUGCCACCAUGCGCAGUGUUACGACUUGCCACGCUCAUGUGCGAUGCGCUACCACUGUGGGCCCACACUUCGCACAUCUUGCAACUUCUCUGUUGUUCACCCGAAUUCACUGAGAAACUCUUCUUACACAGUCCAGGACUUCUCAACGCUCUACUAACAAAAGCAAAUUCUUCGCAACAUGACUUUGACGAUUACCUUGAUUUAUGUGUGCAACUUCUGUCAAGACCCCUCCCCGAAUCUAUAUCUUUGCCUGCAGCUGCGCAAUCAUUUUUCCUACGCGCCUUUGAGCGAGCGACGCAAGAUCCAGACGUCAAAACGCUUCAGCCGGUAUACAGAAUGCUCAAUGGAGCCUGCCGAAAGCUCCUCGGCUUGUUACCAGCCGAUGUACGGCAGCAGUUUGACCGCGAACUGUGCCAUAUCCUGUCUUCGAACAGCACCGGGCAAAAUUCUAUGCUUCUGCUAUGGUGCUUCGGGAUUGUCAUUCUCACGGAACAUCCUGAAGAACUCGGUGAUUCACAACACGUUGGGUCACACCAGCUCAAGCAGGCCGCAGUCCUCGAGAAGCAGUGGAAGACAGCAUCAGGACGCAAACUAUUCGGAUCUUCCAACGGACUAUACAAAACCAUCAACUUGACUUACCUUAGUGUGAUAUGGGCAACCAAGGGCGACGUUGGUGUCUCAGACGCCGUGGCCAUCGAAGGCAUCCGAAUCGCGGUGAGAACAUUACAUUUUGUGGACGUCGAAGCACGAGCAGGGUGGCCAAACUCUAGCGCAUUGGCAAGAAACAUAUUCCCGAAGCUACCAGCCAAAAUACUGCGUGAAGGUAUUCAUCCGGCCGUACAGCUUGAGGCACUCUGCUUCUAUGCAUUAAUCGCAGGUGCAAACAACCUUCCCUCUGAGAUUGUAACCCAGUACCAAAGCUGCUUGAGUCGACUCGGAGAACUUGCAAAUGCAGAAUGUUUGCGUGAAACCCUGAUGGUAUCUCUUCCCAAUUUCGCUCCUCAAAUGCAAGACAGCUUUUUCCGUACGUUGCUCACAGAUACGCUCGACGCUUGUGCAUCAGGAUCGACUUCUAGUCACUUUAAAAGCCUCGUCACUUUAGUCGACAUGUUGUCUACGGUCUCACCAAGCUGCGCAGCUCUCAGCACGAAGUUAUUACUGGCUCUCUCAUCCUCAACGUUGCAAGACAAGAUUUGGGCAAUGGUACGGACUGAAAUAGCGAUGUCAGAUGCUGGGUGUCGUACGUACGCUACAGCAUUGCAUCGGGAGGCAUUUGCCGCCACCAUAUCAUUGAUACUGAGCCUGGCCUUCUUGGUGCGAUCUGGCGAAAUAUCCUUUCCACACCCACUUGCUACUGCUCUGAUCAUGAAGCAACGUAAGCUUCCUCACAUUCCGAAGCAAUGCUCGCAUGCGACAAGUAUACCGAGCGGUCCAUCAAUUUCAUUUUUCCAGCAAGAAGACCGCCUCAAGUCCGAGCUUGAAGGCCAAAACUCUUAUCAACGCGACUCCAUCGUCCGCUCGGUAGCACAAAUUUGCCAAGAUCUUGAAACACGUUGCAAUACUGUUGAGGAACCUCUUCGUCGGGAGAAGUCAAGAUCGCAAGAGCUUGAGCGGCAUGUCGAGAAGCUCUGCGCUCAAGUAUCUUCGCUCGAAUCUCAGGCUACAGAUGACCGUUUCCACUUGGAUGGCUUAGAAGAUGAGAAACUAGGUCUUGCAGAUGAGAGAGAUCGGAUCUCUAACAAGCUCGAUGAGCUCCGAGAACAAUUUGAUCAGGCCAAUCGAGACGCCGAAGAGACUCUUCGCAGCGCUCAGGAGGAAUACAACACAAAAGAACUCGAGCUGCAGUCACUGAUUGUAAGCCAAGGGGAGCAGCUCCGUCUGCAUGAAGAUGAAGUAAGUUCUUUGGAGCAUGCUGAAGAAGAACUCCGUGCUCUUAGCGGGCGAUAUGAAGAUCUGCAGGCUCAUCAUGGGAAUACCAGUCGCCAGUUAGAUGACGAACGGGAGCUACAAGAACGUGCUUCUGAGCUGGAGGCUAUCGAACUCAAGCAUUCAUCUAAAGAUGCAUUGAGGGAAAUGGAGAUCAAGCACACCACUGACAUAGAAGCUGUUGCUUCAGAAGCAGAAGAAGAGCGCAACAAGCUGAACACCAAGCUCACAGACACCAUCCACACCAGCCGACAGUUGAAAGAUGUUUAUGACAAAACCCGCAAGGAACUGCACGACUUGCAAAGCUCUUUUUCAACACUCGAAACAAGAACAGAAGAACUCGAUGUACUCUGUGGGGAACAAGAGGAAGAGCUUGAAGAGCUGAGGACGUUACGCAGAAAUGUAUUGGCUUCGAUGGGCCUUGCGACACAAAAUCCUCUCAUGCCUCGAUCGGCAACCCACUUACAGAAAGAGGGCACUGUACCAGAGACGCCGCGAGAACCACGUGAGCACAAGCGACGAAAGCCAGCAAUCCAGACUCAGGAUCUUGCACCAAAAUCCACGAAACCAGCCCAAUGCUUAAAUGACACAGCGAUAGAAAAUGAUGCUGAUGCAUCCUUUGAUACUUCAAGAUACGGUUCCCAAGAUGGCCCAACACCUAAACGUCAGAAGCCUCGUCCUUCGCUGAGAGCCUCUGCGACGCAGACACCGUUCAAUCAGAAGCUAAGUCUUGGAUCCCGCUCUGCUUCAAGGAAGCUCUCACCUGUCAAACGCUCUGCUUUGCGACAAAUGUCGCCUAAUCGCCGCCACACAACAGUUGGGUUCGCAUUGUCUGAGACCCACAACCAGGCGGAAGAGGCUGGCUCAGCGAUGAAAAUGCAUGGAAGUCUCUAUGAGCAGACCCAAGAGGACUUUGACGUGGAUGAUUUUCUCGCAGGGACGCCAUUUACACCGGGCGCGUUCAUGUCAGGAACAGGGAGGCUCCCAGAGGAGGAUGACGCAACGACAACGGAACUAUGA